AUGGGCGAAACAGCAAGAGCAAGGGAAUUCGUGAAAUUAUUAAAACUUGAUCGUGGACUUCAACUUCAGGAUGGAAAUUUUAAUCCUACAGAGCCAUUAGUUGAUGGGGAUAAAAUCGACAUAAAGGAAUAUA